UUAGCCAUAACUACUGUUGUAGUUUUCGCGGGUGAUUAGUUUUAGCCAGAGCCGUGUUUUUAGCCUAAACGUAUCGUGUAUGCAGCAGGUACGGUUAGCAAGCCAGGAUAACGUAGCUAAACUUUGUGUUGUUGGGAAUAUCAGUCAUCCUUCGUAAUGUCUCUCAGCACCGUACGCGGAACACUGUCGAGUCUGCAGUCCUGUCGGGAGGAGAUCGGGACCACAAUGGUCAUAGUGACAGAUGUGGCUAUAGACCUGGCGGAGUCUCUUGGUGAAGAGACGAACCCUGGCAUCAAAGAGAUGGAAGCCAUGAUUCUGGAGUGUGCCAAACUGGACAGGGAGAUUAACUGCUUUGUUGAUAUAGUGCAACAAGUCACAGGAGAGGUGACCUCACAGCAGCCAGAGGCCAUGUUCAGCCUGUCUGCCACAGUGAAGGAGCGCUUCACAGAGAGAACAGCCCUGCUCUCUGACGCUGAGCUGCAGAAACACCAGAAAGUCGUGGCCUUCAAGGACGCCAUCAAGAACACUCUGAACCAAGGCAACGAAGAGACGGCAGAGAACAUGGAGGAGCUGGAUGAAGACAUCGCUGUCACACAGACCCAAGUGAACUUCACCUGCCCACUCACACAGGUGGAUAUGGUGAACCCGAUGAAGAACAAGGAGUGUAAUCACCACUACGAUGAAGGGGCCAUACUGGCAAUGAUCAAAGCAAGACACAGCCAGAAAAAGAAUUGCCGUUGUCCUGUGGUGGGCUGUGGGAAUACAGAUGUGAAACAGUCAGAUCUGAUUCCUGACCAGAUCCUGAGGAGGAAGAUCCAGAGCAAGAAGACAAGCGGCAACCGGACGUAGUACUUUUCUUUAUAUUUGAUUUGGCAUUCAUCAUUAUACCUGUGCCAUUGUAUUAUUAUAUUUAUAAGAAAGGAAUAUGUUGUUGAAUCUUUUACUCAGUUCUGACCUGCUGAUGCUUGUGGAAAAUGUACAUUUAGAUUUUAUACCUGUCAGCAACUCUGCCACUAGUUUAGAAUCUAAGAACUGAGGACUUGUUUUUAUUUCAAGGGAAGAAUAUUUUUGUACUCCAGUGUUCUGAAUUGAAAUAAAGCUGAAGAUCUUUUCAUACACAUUUAA